UAUACAGCACAUAAUAACGUGAAAAAGCACGCACUGAGUAAAUCCGCGUGGUUGCCUUCUUGCUUAUCUUUUACCGGCUAAUACUAACGUUUCCCCAUUCGCCCAGAAUAAAUGUGGGCGUGAGAGCUUUUUCAAAGGCGCUACCUCAGGGAGCUGCAGAGCCAGUGCUUUUCUAACCAUCCCUGAGGAUAAUUCACACAUACGGUGCAGUUCAGCAGUUAACGCACAAUAUGAGGUAUUUUCUUUUCUCUUUUAUUUGGCUUGUGGGGGAUUUGCAGACGGCACUUUCCGCUGGUUUGAAGGAUACGCCGACUCUCGGAUCUAAAAAUACUCCUCGACUUCUGAGCAAAGAUAUUAUCAAUGCUGAGUUUAAAUACCAAAUUAAUCAGAACCACAGUGUUUUGUUCUAUGAAGAGGAAUCAGAUGAACUUUACGUUGGAGGCACUGAUUUUAUAUUAAAACUUGGUGUGGAUGAUUUUCACAUCAUAGAGAAAUUUCAUCUGAAUAUGGCAGGGCAACAGGAGUGCCAAGAGGGUCCCUGUGAAAAUGUCAUCACUGUCAUUGAGAAGUUUCAAAAUAACCUGUUUGUCUGUGGAACAAAUGGAGAGAAACCGCAGUGCUUGCAGCUUCGUCCUUCAGUGAACAAUCAGUCCCUUGAGAUAGUUGAAAGUCGUGAGGGGACUGGAAUCUCUCCAUUCGUCUACACGCAGAACUCCCUGUCCCUCACAGUAGAAGGGGAUCUGUAUGCAGCAGCACCUUUGGAUGCUGAUGGAAGUACACUGCAGUUCAGAAGAAAAGCUGGCAGCAGGACUAAUGUCUGGAUGUAUGACAACUGGGUCUCAGAGCCCACAUUCAUCUCUGCAUCAUGGGUACAGCGGAAGGACGACCCCGACAAUGAGAAAAUUUACAUCUUUUUCCGUGAGAAGAACUCAGACCACAACCGAGAGGCUGACCCAUUGAUAUCUAGGGUUGCCAGAGUUUGUAAGAUGGAUGAAGGUGGAUCAAAACGAUUUUUCCAGAAUAUGUGGACGUCUUUUCUCAAGGCUCGCCUUGUGUGUGGAUUUCCAGAGAAGUCGCUGUAUUUUAACCUUCUCCAAGAUGUUUAUGUGAUGCACGCUGACGACUGGCAAGACACCAGGGUCUAUGCCCUCUUUACGAGCAGCUGGAAUGCUACAGCAGUUUGCAUCUAUUCAAUACAAAUGAUUGAAGAAAUAUUUGAGAAUUCAUCUUUCAAGGGCUACAACAAUGAAGUUCCCACACCAAGGCCAGGAAUGUGUUCCAAGAACAGCAAGGCUCUGCCACGGGCCACAGUCAAUGUUGUGAAAGAUUACCCAGAAAUGACCGACUGGGUUCACUCCCUGCGUCCUACAGCUCCUUUUUUUAUCAGCACCAACAACUACACCAAGAUAGCUGUGGACCGCGUUCAGGCUGCAGACCAACAAUUUUAUAACAUUCUGCUUCUAGCUACUGAUUCUGGGAAGAUCCAUAAAGUCUUGGAAGUUGGGUCAGAACCUUUUAUCAUUUCUGAAACACAACUCUCCAACUCUUCAACCAUACAGUCAAUGAAGCUUGACUCUAAAAAGAAAACAUUAAUUGUGGGGUUUUCGGAGAGAAUAUCUGCUGUGGACCUCCAGAGUUGUCAAGAGUACAACAACUCUUGCCAAGAAUGUGUUCUGGCUCGGGAUCCAUACUGUGCCUGGACUACAUUUGGAUGCACAUCAAAUGUCACCGGGGGGAUUCAGAAUAUUAUGAAUGGGCAAACAAGUGUAUGCCCUUCAGCAGUAGGAGAGCAAGAACCAAGAAACCGAACUAAGCGUGAAGUAACUGCACCACCAUCACUGCAUCUGAGGACAGUUCAUUCAGUCCCUUGGGGUGUGCCUUUUUAUCUGUCCUGUCCUAUAGACUCUUACCACGCUGAGUAUACAUGGGAGGGAAAAGGCCAAAGCAGGCCUUGUCUGCAGAUGCUUACCAACUGUCUGCACCUCAUCCCUUCCAUGUCACAGGAGAACUAUGGCAAGUACGAUUGUGUUUCCAAAGAGAGAGACUACACCAAAGUGGUGAGAACAUAUGAGCUUAUAAAGAGCCCAGAAAAAACAAAGUGCACAAAAAGCAAUACACCUGACGAAUGGAGUGCUGCACCAGCUCUUUAUCCGGAGAUGGUCUGGAUCACGCUACUUGUCAUACUUUCUUUUUGAACAGACUUUCUUUUGCUCAAAAGCUCAGAGUUUAACUUGCGACAUGAACAUUUCAGGCCCUUUCUGCUCUCAAUUUCAAUAACAGUAACAGAGAUCCAUGUCAAGCUUGUAACAGAACCACUUCCUGCUGUGAAAAUAACCCGUUUGCUUCUGUUAACAAAGCUGCAAUUGGCAAAGGUGUUGGGAUUGGAGGCGACAGGAGUCGUCUAUAGCCAAGUUUAUUGUUACAAAGAAAGGUUAGAACAGGAAGAGGUUUUGGAAAAAAGAAAGAAAGCAACACAACUGGUCAGCAACGCAACAUGGUCUGAGGGGCUUUUGAUGGUGCUUGAAAGAUCUGAGCAUGCUGUACGAAACGCUUUCAUUGAUCACUUCCUUUUAACACAGUGAAGGAAAUGGAAGGUAUAAAAAGAAAGCUGAGGGCAUUCUUCCACAUAUGACCGUAAAUCUCAAGUGAACAACACCAUUAAACUAUGUUGAUUGUGAGUAGAAACAUUUCCAGCCAGAGGGCUGCAGACAGAUCAUGUUUAUACAGUAAGUAGGUGUGGUUUAGCUGUAAGUGCUAUAGAAGCUUUGCACUUUAAUUCACAUAGGCCAGACAAAAUCUAAUUCAAUUUCAAUUUCUGAAAUUGCGCUGCUGAAAUCUUAAUAGGGUCUUAUUAAACUUAGAGUGAGAAGUGCAGCCAUUCGGGAAGGGCUCAAAGUAGAGCCACUGCUCCUCCACACAAACCAGUUAAGGUGGUUUGGGCACCUGACUAGGAUGCCUCCUAGAUGGAGGGGCUCUUGGGUGAGGUGUUCUAGGCAUGUCCCACCAGGAGGCCCCGGGGCAGACCCAGGACAAGCUGGAGAGAUUAUAUAAUCUCGGCUGGCCUGAGAAUGCCUUGAGGUCCCCCCAGAUGAGCUGGAGGAGGGAGCUGGGGAGAGGGAGGUCUGGGCUCAAGCUGCUGCACUCACGACCCGUCCCUGUAUAAGUGGAAGAAAAUGGAAGGAUGGGGUGGGUGAAAACUUAUUUGUGUCAGAUAAUUUAGGCACUUUCUUUUUCUUCAGCCCUCUCAAUAACAGUGGUCAGAAAGGUAUUUGAAAAAUGUACAAUGAAAAUGUUUAGAAAAAUGUGGCAAACUGCAUAGAAUAAGUGUGAGUCACAGACCAGGUCAGUCAAAAACACUCUAAAACAUGCCACAGUUAGCCUGUUUGUAGUGUUAUUGACGGUGGCACUGAGAAAAAGACAGGAGGCCGGGCUGGAGGUGGUAGAGCUGAGCAUGCUGUGUUGGGAGAGCAGGAAUAACAGGAUUAGAAAUGAAUGAUUGAGCUGAAAAGAGGACACCCACAGAGAAGGAUGGAUGUUUAAAUAGACCUUUGACAAAAACAGGCAAUGAAGUAAAUUCACCAUUUGGUCAGGUUUGCUGUCAUGCCAAUGCAGGUAAGAAUACAUAAGCAACAACAGCAAUAACAACUAAGAGAGCAUUCAUACAUUAAGGCUUAAUAAAUUCUGUUCACUUCUGGUGACAUACUGUAGCUGUUUAGCCGGUAGGCACAGAAUUUAUUAUAUUUACAUCGAUAAGCAUUUGUGACUACCGCAACAUGUAAAAUCUGAAACUCAUCCGGGAGGGUCACCAGAAAUGAAGCUUUUUUUGGGGCCUAGUAAAAUACAGUAGUCGUUUCCUUAUAGGGUAACCUGUAUAAUUUCAAAUAAUUGUACUACAAAUGCCAGCCUCAGACAAUCUAUGCUAGUAUUUAAAAAAUAACCAUGGUGUUAAUAAAAAAAAAAAAAAAAAAUGUUUUGGGGGUAUUAUAUUUGUCAAAGACAGGUCACUGGUAGCACUUUUUUUUUUUUUUAAA